UUGGGUGAGGAAAAAUGGCGCUGUCCAUGCUAUGUCGGAGGACAGACGUGUUAUAUCGAACUUUAAAGGGAAUUUCGUCCGCCAAGCCUGCACUUUCUGCAACCUUUGUAUUACAGACAGCCUUUUAUAAUGCCAAACCUCUAAAGCUGAACAUCCGCGAUCCGUACAUUCCCGAUAAGACCAGUGACAGGACCCCGGAGUGGCAGAAGACGGCUAAGUACGAUGCUAAGCUGUUCGGCCGGUUAGGCUCCGUCUCGGGCAUCGAGCCGUCCUCUUUGUGGCCCAGCCACGAUCAGCUCAACAUCAUCGCAGAGGAGAGAGAGUGGAAUCCUCCGCUGGAGGUGAUGCUGAAGAACAUCGAAGCAAGAGAAAAGGAACAAAAGAAGCGGCUGGCGAGGGAGAAACUGAUCGCGGCCAACAUGGCCAAAAUGCCCAAGAUGGUGGCCGAGUGGCGCCGGGCGAAGCGGGAAGCCAAGAGGAAGAUGAAGGAGGAGAAGGAGCGGCGCACGAGGCUGCUGGCGGAGGCGCGGGAGCGCUUCGGCCACGCCGUCGACCCGCGCAGCCCCAAGUUCCUGGAAAUGGUGGCCGAGAUCGAGAAGGAGGAGAAGAAGAAGAGGAAGCUCUUGAAACGCAAAAUGCGGGAGGAGCAGGUGGCGGCGGGCUCGGCUCCGCCCGCAGCAUCCUAGAUAUGGACCUGUUUAGAGGUCAGAGGUCAAGGGUGGGCUCGUCUCACCUUCCUCUGAGCUGGAAACACGAACUGUGAGAAACUCGAGUGAUUUACACUUGUAAAGUCGUCAAAACAAAUGUAAUCUCCCAUCAGACUGUUUUUUAUUAUGCAUUUCUCUGUUCUAAAAUAAAAACUAUUUAUGAUGAAAUGUUUUUCUGUUGUGAAAAGAGGAACUUGGUUAAUUUGUUGAAGCUCUUCACAUGUAAAAAGUUGAAAUAAAUCCAACUUCUGCCGAGACUA